UGAUUUGUUGGAGGGUUGCUAAAGCACAGUUUUUGAUUUGGAGUUAGGAGUUUGGAAUAUAUGAUAUUAUGGGUUCCAUGAAUUCAAAUAACUGGCUUUCAUUUCCGCUUUCUCCCACUAAUUCUUCACUGCCGCAUUUGCACUCGUCUCAGCCUCAUCAGCAGUUCAAUCUAGGUUUAGUGAAUGAUACCAUGGAGAAUCCGUUUCAAAUUCAAGAAUGGAACCUGAUAAACACCCAUGAAAAUACAAGUACUGAAGUUCCAAAGGUUGCAGAUUUCCUCGGAGUUUCGAAAUCCGAAAGCCCGUCGUUAGAUCUCCUGGCAUUCAACGAACUUCGUCAAUCCAGUGAUUCUGACUAUUCAUUUCAACCUAACAACAUCGUCCAAGUGCAGAACACAACUCUAAUACCCGCUGCUGAGUUCCAAGAAAGUGCUAACAAUUUGCAGUCACUGACAUUAUCCAUGGGCAGUGGCAAGGGCUCAACCAGCGAAACCAGCGCCGAUAACAGCACCAAUAUCGUCGAGGCUCCCCCGAGAAGGACGUUGGACACUUUUGGCCAAAGAACAUCCAUAUACCGUGGCGUCACAAGGCAUAGAUGGACCGGAAGAUAUGAAGCUCAUCUUUGGGAUAAUAGUUGUAGGAGAGAAGGACAAUCAAGGAAAGGAAGACAAGUAUACCUGGGUGGGUAUGAUAAAGAAGAGAAAGCAGCUAGGGCUUAUGAUCUUGCUGCACUCAAAUACUGGGGAACAUCCACCACCACUAAUUUCCUGAUUAGUAAUUAUGAGAAGGAACUCGAAGAAAUGAAGCACAUGACUAGACAAGAAUUUGUUGCUUCCAUUAGAAGGAAGAGUAGUGGUUUUUCAAGGGGUGCAUCCAUGUAUCGUGGAGUAACGAGGCAUCAUCAGCAUGGCCGAUGGCAAGCGAGGAUCGGCAGAGUUGCAGGAAACAAAGAUCUUUACUUAGGAACUUUCGGCACCGAGGAGGAAGCUGCAGAAGCUUACGACAUUGCAGCGAUUAAAUUCCGAGGACUUAAUGCAGUGACGAACUUUGACAUGAAUCGGUACGACGUCAAAGCAAUUCUCGAGAGCAAUACGUUGCCGAUCGGAGGAGGAGCUGCUAAAAGGCUAAAGGAAGCUCAAGCACUCGAAUCAACGAGGAAACGCGAAGAAAUGAUCGCUCUUGGUUCGAGUUUCCAUUACGGAAGCUCGAGCAGUAGCAGCCUACAAGGCUACCCUUUAAUGCAAGCCACAUUUGAUCAUCAACCUCAACCGUUGCUAACACUACUGAACCACGACAUCAACUCUCAAUAUGCAAAUGAAACCUCCACGUUUCACCAGAAUUACAUCCAAAGGCAGCUCCAACUGCACCAGCAGCAAUCCGCCGGGUUUUAUAACCUGCAGCAGUCGAGCCAGAGUUCCCAAUUUUACAACAGUUAUAUUCAAAACAACCCGGCUUUGCUUCACGGGUUGAUGAACAUGAACUGCUCUUCCCCCUCCGUGGUCGAAAACAGUGGCGGCGGUUGCUCGAGUGGGAGUUACAGCGGCGGAGUGUAUCUGGGUACGGCAGGAACCACGGUGGCAACAACCGAAGAGCUGGGACUGGUCAAGGUUGAUUACGACAUGCCAGGGAGCAAUGGCGGCUGGUCUGGUGAGUCCAUUCAAGGCUCGAAUCCCGGUGUUUUUCCAACAUGGAAUGACUAA